AGCCCCGUGGGGCCAGCCAGCGCUGGGCCAGGAGCGGCCACCUGGUUCCUGCGUGCUACGGCCCUGUGGGCCUGGGAGCUGCCUCUGAGGAACACGCCGCAGCAACACAGGUGACGAUGGCCGCACAACACAGAAGAGCAAGGCAGGGCCCAGCAGUGCACGGGUGCGCCGGUUUCCUCUGCUGCCAGAGCGCAGGACACAGCCCUCUCGGUCGUCUUAUCUCGCGACUCUGGUGGUCGGAAUUCCGAACUCAAGGCGUCCCUCAGAAGGCUACUGGGCGGCUCCUCCCUGCCUCUUCCCGCUGCCUGUGGCUCCGGGCGCUCUUUGGCUGUGAUUACAUCAGUCCACUCUCCGCCCUGGUGGUCACAUGGCCUCCUCCCCGGCUCCUCUGUGUGUCUCCGUGUCCUCUCUUUUACUUACAAGGACACCACGCACUGGAUUUAGGGCCAUCCUCAUCUGGAACACCCUCAUCCCAAGGGAAGGUCGUUUCAUCUGCGCAGACCAUUUCCAAAUAAGGCCCCAUUCUGAGGUUUCUGGGGGCAUGAAUUUUGAAAGGACAGUGUCACCCCAGGAUGCGAGGUGACAAGCCAACCCUCCGGAGGUGCUUGGUGGCAUAGGGCCAGGCAUGUGAGGUCUCUGCGGGUCAUGGAGAACCUCCCUGCCGUGACCACUGAGGAGCCGGCCCCCAUGGGGAGGGGUCCUGUGGGACCCUCAGGAGGUGGCAGCAGCCGGGACCAGGUCCGGACUGUGGCCAUGAGGCCCUCUGUGACCUGGGAGAAAGCGGGGCCCAAGGAGGCCAAGGCACCAGUGAGAGGCGCCCUGGGAUCGGCCAUGUCCACAGUCCCGUGUUUCCAGGGAGCCCUGGCUUUUGAACUGGAGGAUGGUGUUUAGAAGCUGUUGGGCCGGAACUCUAUCAACUUCAAUAGGGAUGGCACCUUGUUUGAGAGACUGAAGAGGAGACCCAGAGCCAGCGACCAUGACAUAGGGUUGAUUGAGAGGACUUGUGUACAGGGUGGUUCAGCAGUGGCGGGCUGGACAGGACCCCUGUGAAAAGCAUGCAGUUGAUGUAGCAUUUUCCCUUCGCACCCUCCCUCUACCAUCCUCCACCUGGCAACCCUCAUCCAACCCUUCCAAGCAAAGGGGCAGGAUCUGCAUGGCCUGCAUUCCCUGCAAUGAGCCAGGGGCUCAGAUCUUCUUCAGACAGGGAGUGAAUCUCCAGGCUGGCUGCUGCUGGAUUCUUUAGCUCAAAUUCCGAGCACACGUUCUUCUUAGCCCAUGGGGGCAUCCGCGGGGUGUGUUUCGGUUACCGCUGUCAGGUGCAUCGUCGGCCAACGGAGUCGAGAUCUGAGCACCACACACCUUCUUUCCAUUUGAAACAUUUCUUUCUUUCUUUUUUUUUUUUGAGAUGGAGUCUCGCUCUGUUGCCCAGGCUGGAUGCAAUGGUGUGAUCUCGACUCACUACAACCUCCGCCUCCUGGGUUCAAGUGAUUCUCCUGCCUCAGCCUCCCGAGUAGCUGGGACUACGGGUGUGCGCCACUCUGCCCGGCUAAUUUUUGUAUUUUUAGUAAAGAUGGGGUUUACCAUGUUGGCCAGGCUGGUCUUGAACUCCUAACCUCAGGUGAUCCACCUGUCUGAGCCUCCCAAAGUGCUGGGAUUACAGGCGUGAGCCACUGCGCCCGGCCCAUUUGAGACAUUUCUGAGCCCCCACUGCAUGCCUAGCUCUGGGCUUGGGCUGGGGCUGCAGAGCAAGUGAGGCCUAGGAAUGGGCUCUGGCCACACCGGGCGAGUGCACGCCACUGCAGGUGGUCAGCAAACGCGGGUGUGAAGUGAACACCGUCGCAAUGCAAGGCCCAAGACCACUGUGGCUGUGCUGUGCCCAGGGCUCUGAGUGAGACGUCUAGGAGGCUGUGAAGACCGGCCACGCAGAAGUUCACUACUCUCUGCUGCAGUUGCAGGUUUUCCUAAUCAGAUCCCCCUGGAUCCUGAGGCCUGGUUAGAGAAACUGCGCAGGACAGAGAUGAAGUGCCCAGGCCAAGAUGCAAACUCUGCAGGACCAAUGGCCAGAGGGGUGGCCCCCAGCAGGGAACCAAGCAACCAGUAGGGGUCUAUGUCCUGGCUCCCACCUGCACAAGCUGUGAGGCUGAGCCCGUCUGUGGGCUCAGAUAAAGUCCUCCAAAGAUGCCCAUGUCCUUAUCCCCACGACCUACGCCUGCAUUACCUCAUCCAGCAAAGGGGACUUUGCAGAUGUGAUCAAAGGCAAGGAUCUGGAGAUGGAGAGAUGAUCCCGGAUGCUCCAGUGGGCCCUCCAUGGAAUCACAGGGCCUUUGUAGGAGGAAGGCAGGAGGGAGAGGUAGAAAAGGAGAUGCAGUGACAAAGCGGAAGUAGAAGUGGCGGCCACAAGCCGAGGGACGUGUGCGGCCUCUUGAAGACGAGGCUCCUCCUGCCCGCGUGGCUGGGCCUGCUGCUGGGACCCCUCCCUGCCAGAUGGGGGUUUAUCCCACAGACCUGACCCUGCAGCUGCUGGCUGUGCGGAGGAAGAGCGGACUGCGGGACCCCGGCCUACAGCAGACCCUCCGGGGCCAGCUCCGCCUGCUGGAGAAUGAUAGCCGGGAGAUGGCCCGCGUGCUUGGGGAAUUAUCAGCCAGGCUGCUGUCCAUCCACAGUGACCAGGACCGGAUCGUGGUGACGUUUAAGACUUUUGAAGAAAUCUGGAAGUUUUCCACCUACCACGCUCUCGGCUUCACUCAUCACUGCCUGGCAAACCUGCUCAUGGACCAGGCCUUCUGGCUGCUCUCGCCCAGUGAGGAGGAGGAGACGGCCAUCCAAGUCCAUGUGGAUGAGAACGCCUUGAGGCUGACCCACGAGAGCCUCCUCAUCCAAGAAGGGCCCUUCUUUGUCCUGUGUCCUGACCACCAUGUGAGAGUGAUGACGGGUCCCCGGGAUGCAGGAAAUGGCCCCCAGGCCCUCAGGCAGGCUUCGGGGGCACCCCAGGGAGAGGCGGCCCCGGAAACAGACUCUUCACCGCCGAGCCCCAGCGUGUCCUCCGAGGAGGUGGCAGUGGCGGCCGCCCCGGAGCCUUUGAUUCCAUUUCAUCAGUGGGCUCUUAGGAUCCCCCAGGACCCCAUCGACGAUGCCAUGGGUGGCCCUGUGAUGCCCGGCAACCCGUUGAUGGCUGUGGGCCUGGCCUCGGCAUUGGCAGACUUCCAGGGCUUGGGGCCCGAAGAGAUGACCUUCCGAGGUGGCGACCUCAUCGAGAUCCUUGGGGCGCAGGUGCCCAGCCUGCCCUGGUGCGUGGGCCGACACGCAGCCUCGGGCCAGGUGGGGUUUGUGCGGAGCAGCCUCAUCAGCAUGCAGGGCCCCGUGUCCGAGUUGGAAAGUGCAAUUUUUCUCAAUGAGGAAGAAAAAUCAUUCUUCAGCGAGGGCUGCUUUUCUGAGGAGGAUGCCAGGCAGUUGCUGAGGCGGAUGUCGGGCACCGACGUCUGCAGCGUGUACAGCCUGGACUCAGUAGAGGAAGCUGAGACUGAGCAGCCGCAGGAAAAAGAAAUACCUCCACCUUGCCUGAGCCCGGAGCCACAGGAGACCUUGCAGAAGGUGAAGAAUGUUCUGGAACAAUGCAAGACCUGCCCAGGCUGCCCCCAGGAGCCAGCGUCCUGGGGUCUCUGUGCGGCAUCCAGUGACGUGAGCUUGCAGGACCCCGAGGAGCCCUCCUUCUGCUUGGAAGCUGAGGACGACUGGGAGGACCCAGAGGCCCUGAGCUCACUGCUGCUGUUCCUGAACGCCUCCGGGUACAAGGCCAGCUUCCAUGGCCUGUACGAUGUGGCGCUGCCAUGGCUGAGCAGCGUGUUCCGCAGCUUCAGCGACGAGGAGGAGCUGACUGGGCGCCUGGCACAGGCCCGGGGGGCGGCCAAGAAAGCUGGCCUCCUCAUGGCCCUGGCCAGGCUCUGCUUCCUCCUGGGGCGGCUGUGCAGCAGGAGGCUCAAGCUGUCCCAGGCCCGGGUGUACUUUGAGGAAGCGCUGGGGGCCCUGGAGGGCAGCUUCGGGGACCUGUUCCUGGUGGUGGCUGUGUACGCCAACCUGGCCAGCAUUUACCGGAAGCAGAAGAACCGGGAGAAGUGUGCACAGGUGGUGCCCAAAGCCAUGGCCCUGCUCCUGGGGACGCCCGACCACAUCUGCAGCACCGAGGCGGAGGGGGAGAUCCUGCAGCUGGCGCUGCGGCGGGCGGUGGGUGGCCAGAGCCUGCAGGCCGAGGCCCGGGCCUGCUUCCUGCUGGCCAGGCACCACGUGCACCUCAAGCAGCCCGAGGAGGCCCUGCCCUUCCUAGAGCGGCUGCUGCUUUUGCACAGGGACUCGGGAGCCCCAGAGGCUGCGUGGCUCUCAGACUGCUACCUACUCCUGGCUGACAUCUACAGCCGCAAGUGCCUGCCCCACCUGGUGCUGAGCUGUGUCAAGGUGGCCUCAUUGCGGACACGGGGCUCGCUGGCCGGCUCGCUGAGGAGUGUGAACCUGGUGCUCCAGAACACCCCCCAGCCCCACAGCCUCCCUGCCCAGACUUCCCACUACCUCAGGCAAGCGCUGGCAUCCCUGACCCCGGGCACGGGCCAGGCGCUGCGCGGCCCCCUCUACACCAGCUUGGCCCAGCUGUACAGCCACCAUGGCUGCCACGGCCCGGCCAUCACCUUUAUGACGCAGGCAGUGGAAGCCAGUGCUGUUGCCGGAGUCCAUGCCAUCGUGGACCACCUGGUGGCCCUGGCCUGGCUGCACGUGCUUCAUGGGCAGAGCCCGGUGGCCCUGGACAUCCUGCAGUCUGUCCAGGAUGCGGUGGUGGCCAGCGAGGACCAGGAGGGCGUGAUUGCCAACAUGGUGGCCGUGGCUCUGAAGAGGACGGGCCGGACAAGGCAGGCAGCCGAGAGCUACUACCGCGCCCUUCGGGCGGCUCGGGACCUGGGCCAGCAGAGGAACCAGGCAGUGGGGCUGGCCAACUUCGGGGCCCUGUGCCUGCACGCGGGUGCCAGCAGGCUGGCCCAGCACUACCUCCUGGAGGCCGUGCGGCUGUUCUCGAGGCUGCCCCUCGGGGAGUGUGGCCGGGACUUCACCCACGUGCUCCUGCAGCUGGGCCACCUCUGCACCCGCCAGGGCCCGGCCCAGCAGGGCAAGGGCUACUACGAGUGGGCCCUUCUGGUCGCCGUGGAGAUGGGCCACGUGGAGAGCCAGCUGCGGGCCGUCCAGCGGCUGUGCCACUUCUACAGCGCCGUCAUGCCCAGCGAGGCCCAGUGUGUCAUCUACCAUGAGCUCCAGCUCUCCCUGGCCUGCAAGGUGGCCGACAAGGUGCUGGAGGGGCAGCUCCUGGAGACCAUCAGUCAGCUCUACCUGUCCCUGGGCACCGAGAGGGCCUACAAAUCCGCACUGGACUACACCAAACGAAGUCUGGGGAUUUUCAUUGACCUCCAGAAGAAAGAGAAGGAGGCGCAUGCCUGGCUGCAAGCAGGGAAGAUCUAUUACAUCUUGCGGCAGAGCGAGCUGGUGGACCUCUACAUCCAGGUGGCACAGAAUGUGGCCCUGUACACAGGCGACCCCAACCUGGGGCUGGAACUGUUUGAGGCGGCUGGAGACAUCUUCUUCGACGGGGCCUGGGAGCGGGAGAAAGCUGUGUCCUUCUACCGGGACCGGGCCCUGCCCCUGGCAGUGACUACGGGCAACCGCAAGGCGGAGCUGCGGCUGUGCAACAAGCUGGUGGCACUGCUGGCCACGCUGGAGGAGCCCCAGGAGGGCUUGGAGUUUGCCCACAUGGCCCUAGCACUCAGCAUCACCCUGGGGGACCGGCUGAACGAGCGCGUGGCCUACCACCGGCUGGCCGCCCUGCAACACCGACUGGGCCAUGGCGAGCUGGCAGAGCACUUCUACCUCAAGGCCCUGUCGCUCUGCAACUCGCCGCUGGAGUUUGAUGAGGAGACCCUCUACUACGUGAAGGUGUACCUGGUGCUCGGUGACAUCAUCUUCUAUGACCUGAAGGACCCGUUUGAUGCAGCCGGGUACUACCAGCUGGCGCUGGCGGCCGCCGUGGACCUGGGCAACAAGAAGGCACAGCUGAAGAUCUACACGCGGCUGGCCACCAUCUACCACAACUUCCUCCUGGACCGUGAGAAGUCGCUCUUCUUCUACCAGAAGGCCAGGACCUUCGCCACAGAGCUCAACGUCCGCAGGGUCAACCUGCCUCCUCUGCCACUCUGCGGGUGGGCCCCCUGGUUGGCCCCCAGCCACCCUCGCUGAGGACAGCGUCCAAGGGAGUGGGUUUUGUGCAAGGGGUGGGGGUCUCCUGCCUCUCCUGGUGUCGCCGGUGGCUCAUUUUCUGGCAAAUGGAGGCACGAACGCAGGGGCCAAAUAGCAAUAAAUGGGUUUUGUUUUUUUUUUUUGCAAUAA